CCUUCUUCCUCCCCCCCACACGUCAUUCCCCAGUCCGUGCCCGCGGCUCCACUCCCGCCGCUCGCCUCGCUUCAACUCCCGCUUCCGCUCCCAGGCGAGCCUCACCUUCCCGCGGGGGCCGACCGACCAGCCGCGAUGGCCGACGCGUACUGGAGGUACGCGGCCGCGGACCCGCGCCAGCAGCAGCCGCCGCCGCCCUCCGCCGCGGCCGGGGCCGGGGCGCACCCGGGCAUGGGCGGCGCCCCGCAGAUGGCGCCCGCCGGGGGCCAGCAGCCCAUGAAGCGCCCCCGCCCCGCCGACUUCUCAGAUGGACCUGGUGCACCUGACAUGACUGGCUAUUAUCCUCGUGAUGAAGAAAGGGCAGGGUAUCGUGCUGCUAGAGACACCGAGGCUCUUAAUGCGUCCUACGAACGUUUUCUGCGUACUGGGCAAAUUCAAUCCUAUGGUGCUGGACCUGCUGGAGAACCUAUUAGGCCUGCUGUGGGAGGCAAUGCUGGCUACCCAGUUGAUGAGCGUUCAAUGAUGGCUGCAAGGGGUAUGGAUAGCAGAAAUAUUGGUUAUGGUGGUGGAAUGCAAGAGCCUCCCCUUCCACCUGAUGCCUCAAACACCUUAUACAUUGAAGGCAUUCCUACUGGCUGUACACGUCGAGAAGUUUCACAUAUCUUCCGACCAUUUGUUGGCUUCCGUGAGGUUAGGCUUGUAAACAAAGAACCGAAACAUCCUGGUGGUGACCCUAUUGUCCUCUGUUUUGUUGAUUUCGCUGAAGCUACUCAAGCUGCUAUUGCCAUGGAUGCUUUGCAAGGCUAUAAGUUUGAUGAGCAUGAUCGCAACUCGUCCAAUUUGCGUCUGCAGUUUGCUCGCUUUACGGGUCCAAGGGGGAAUUCAGGACCUGGUGGGCCUCGUGGUAGGCGAUAAGUGCUUGGCGUUCGGAUUGCCAGGACUGAUCGCGUUGAAUGCCCAUGAGGGAUGCUGUUAGUUUGAUCGUCGUUCCAGAGAUGCUACCGCACAGUGAUAGGUUCGUUAGCUUGUGCCCUAAGUGGUUCCAGCUACGCGACCCUGGUCUUGCUAGAUGUCUUCUAGGCAGAAUAGACUACCGAUGGUUAAAACGUUUGUGCCAUACUUGUCGACGUAAUGCCUAUUGCCGAGUUGUUUGUAAUGUGCUGAUUUGUAUCUCGAGGCAGUUUUGCCGUUUAAUCCGUGGAUCUGACGAAUGUUGGCCUGGCUGCUACAUUUGAGAGCUUGCAUAUUUCUCCAUCUGGCAUAAAGGCUUCCUAGUCUGUAUUUCAUGUC